AUGACAGAGCCUGCAAAUCCAGAAAAGCUAUAAAAUUAAAGAUCUCGAAUGAUUGGCAACUAUGUGAUAGGAAAAACCCUUGGGUUUGGUACAUUUGGGAAAGUGAAGAUGGUAACCCACGAAUAAUCAGGUGAGAAAGUGGCUAUCAAAAUAUUGGAGAAGGAUAGAAUAGUAGAGACAGCUGAUGUAGAGAGAGUUCAAAGAGAAAUUCACAUCCUGAAAUUAGUUAGACAUCCGCAUAUUAUUUAAUUAUAUGAGAUAAUUGAGACUCCAAAACACAUCUUUUUAGUGAUGGAGAUGGUGAGUGGAGGUGAACUAUUUGAUUACAUAGUAAAAAAUACAAAGUUGGAGGAAGUUGAGGCUUGUAAAUUAUUCUAAGAACUGAUAUCAGGAAUAGAAUAUUUGCAUAAGAUUAGAGUUGUACAUAGAGAUUUGAAACCAGAAAAUUUAUUACUUGACAACAAUAAGAAUCUCAAAAUUGUUGACUUUGGCCUAUCAAAUACAUAUAAGAACGAAGAGCUACUAAAAACUGCAUGUGGUAGUCCUUGUUAUGCUGCUCCUGAAAUGAUAGCUGGUCGGAAGUAUUAAGGAUUGCAAGUAGACCUUUGGAGUUCAGGAGUUAUAUUAUUCGCUUGUUUAUGUGGUUAUUUACCUUUCGAGGACCAAAACACGUCUGCCUUGUACUAGAAGAUCUUAGGUGGCACAUAUUAAAUGCCAUCUCAUUUAUCAAGGGACGCAUAGUCAAUGAUCUCUGGUAUUCUAACUGUGGAUCCCCAAAAACGAUUCACGAUUGAAGAUAUUCACAAUCAUCCAUGGUUUAAAUUGUAUCGAAGAUCAUACGAAAUUCCCCCAGGAAUAGUUGUCGGAUAUAAUAGAAUCCCAGUGGAUUAAGAUAUUCUUAAAUAAUUGAAAUCCUUUGGGAUUGACAUAGAUUAUGCAUAAAGAUGUUUAGAUGCAAAUAAGCAUAAUGAUGUUACGACAUUCUACCAUUUGUUAUUAAAACGACAUUUAGUAAAUGGAGGUAGAUCAACAGCAGAUCUCAACUCUGAAUCUUUUGACAUUAAAUUACUUGAACCUAAGCAGAGACCAAUUAAAGAUAUGAAUUCACUAUUGAAUAAUGAGAAACUGAAAUAAUAGAUGAGAGAAGAGAUAAUCAAAUAGAGAUCAUAUUCAACCGAUAAAGACAGAGGACGAGUAAUUAAGAGUUAGGAAUAGAAUCAUAGAAUAUUAGCUGAUAAUGAUUAAAGUGUUAAUCGAAUUGGUAAAAAUGGAUAAGCAGCAAGUGUAUAAAAUCGAUAAAAAGAAGAUAAUUAUUUUGAAUAAUCCCCUGUUAUCAAAAAAAGCAAUAAGUUACUUCAUUCGAAUUUGCAUGGAACCAAAAAUAAAAUUAAUAAUAUUGCUUCUGCUGGCCAUAGGUAUAGGGAUGAGGGUAAGAGAGGAAGUUCAAGAAAUAAAAAAGAUUUAGAGAUCACUAAUCCUUAUAGAAAUGCUAGUAGGGAUACUUAAUAAACUAAUAAAUUUGUUCAAAGUGGAAGCAGAUCUCAAAAUCAUAAGAAGGAUAGAGCUUAAUUUACCAAUUAGACCAAUUUAUCCUUUGAUGCUCUUCAGAAUUCAAAUUAAAUAACUAAAUAGAAAGCUUAUCACAUUGGAUUUUAUGAAUGA